GUGGGAAACUCCCAGUCCUCGCAGCCGCAGCCAGGAGCCGCCGCCCGCCUCCUGUGUGGUCCAAGGAAGAGCGCGCAGCGCGGAGGUGGGACAGCGGGAACAGCAGCGCCCAGGUAAUGCCCAGCGGUGAGCUGUCCUGAGCUGCUGUGGUCCAGCCACCUGCCUGUACGUAACACGCCCCACACAGCGCUGCAGCCAUGGAGUCCAGAGGGAAGUCGGCCAGCAGCCCCAAGCCCGACACCAAGGUGCCCCAGGCCGGUGCUGAGGUCAAAGGCCCCCCGGCUGCAGAUGGGAAAGCCCCCUCGGCCAAACCUGGGAAGAAGGAGGCCCAAGUGGAGAAGCAGGAGCCACCCGCAGCCCCCACCCCACCACCUGCCAAGAAGACUCCGGCCAAGGCAGACCCUGCUCUUCUCAACAACCACAGCAACCUGAAGCCAGCCCCUGCGGCCCCCAGCAGCCCCAAUGCAACCCCGGAGCCCAAGGGCCCUGGAGACGGGGCUGAGGAGGACGAGGCCCCCAGUGGAGGCCCAGGGGGCCGAGGUCCCUGCCCUUUCGAGAACUUGACGCCCCUGCUGGUGGCUGGGGGGGUGGCUAUGGCAGCCGCAGCCCUGAUUCUCGGUGUGGUCUUCCUGGCCCGGAAAAAAUGAUGGCUGGUACCCAGCUGGGGCCCAGCCAGCCCCUGUACAGACUUGGGAGUCUAGUGCAUGCCAAGCUCACACACAGCUAUCUAUCCACACAUACACAAGUAACAUAUAUAGACAUGCCCCACAUCCACACAGACAGAGAGAUGGCAGGCCCCUCCCAGCCUCCUGGGCAGAAGAGUUGCAGGCUCGGGUUCCUGAGCAACACAGGGCAGAGCUCCUACGUUGGGCAGAGGGCUCAGGGUGGAGGCAUCUGGGGGCAGUGGAAGGGGUGGGCCCUGAGUGUGGCCCACCUGAUCAUGGACACGCUCACUGUGCCAGCCUGUCCCAAGCAGCCCCAGUGGUUCUGAAGGCUUCCUGGCAGCAGCUUCCUGAUGAGCCUCCAGGGCAGGAGGGAGCCCCCAAGGCUGGCAGGGGCCCCGGAUGGGCUCUAACCUGGGCCCAGCCCCAUGUGGGGCCAUUAAAGGGUGUGGCUGUGUCACUC